AAAAUGUCUGGGUACGAGUUUAGGGAGUGGGUGUGGCAGUAGACGAGUAGUCGAGAGAUACCAUUCUAGAUCUCACUAGAUCUAGAUUAUUUCUAGAUUAUUCUAGAUCUAGAUUGAAAGCAACGAACCUGAUUAUGAUGAUAGCCUAGUCUAGAUUAAUAGAUCUUAAGUGCAGUAGAUCAAGUUAGGGUAAAACAUCCAUUCACUUGUGUAACAGUAAGACUUAGUUAUAGUAAGAGUAACAAUAGUAACAUUCUUCAAUUCAAUCAAAGGAAAAGGCCCCGAGUCUAUCCAAAAUCUAGAGUCUGGAAAUACUUUUCAUUUAGAUCUAUCCACAAAAAUGUCUGUAGAAGGUCAGACCUUCACUGAUUUAGAUGUAGAGGGCUUUCUUGGUGCUGUUCAUAAACUCAUCACAGAAGAGGCAUUUGUUAAGGGGACUAACAGAGGAAAUCCUGUGUUUGAGUUCAAGCAACCUGAGGACCUUAAGACUCUAAUAGACUUUGAGAUAAAAGCCAACCCAUCAACACAUGCUGCCAUUCUUGACGAGCUAACCAAAAUAAUCAAAUACAGUGUUAAAACAGGUCAUCCAUACUUUUUCAAUCUGUUGUUUUCUGGGCUAGAUCCAUACUCUCAAGCAGGGUCAUGGGUCACAGAUGCUGUCAACUCAAACAUGCACACUUAUGAGACAAGUCCAGUUUUUAUCUUGAUGGAAAACUACAUGUUUAAAAAGCUGACAUCCAUUGUAGGCUUUGAUGAUGGAGGGGGUCUCUUUUGCCCAGGUGGCUCUGCAUCAAAUCAGCUUGCUCUCCAUAUUGCAAGAUUUAACAGAUUUCCUGAAAUUAAAAAAGUUGGACUGUACGGCUUGCCCCGCUUGCGAUGCUACAUUUCAGAAGAUGGGCAUUACUCACUAAAAAAAGCUGGCAACUACCUUGGCAUAGGGGAGGAAAAUGUUGUAACCAUACUAACAGACAACUCUGGCCGAGUACUACCUGGCGACCUACAGCAGAAGGUAGUUGCAGACAUUGAACAGGGCUACAUACCUAUGUUUGUUAUGGCGACCUGUGGUUCCACUGUUCUGGGAUCUUUUGAUUCCUUACCAGAGCUGCAGGAUAUUUGUCGUCGCUACAACAUGUGGCUGCACUGUGAUGCUUGCUAUGGUGGGGGUGUACUCCUGUCUAAACAACACCGUCAUCUUUUAUAUGGAAUAGAGGGAUGUGAUUCGGUGUCCUGGAAUUUUCACAAGAUGAGUGGCCUCCCCCACCAGUGUGCUGCUUUAUUAGUGAAAAACAAAGCAAUAUUACUAGAGGCUAAUUGUUCCAAAGCUGAAUAUUUAUUCCAGGCUGACAAGUUUUAUGAUACAAAUUAUGAUAUAGGAGAUAAAUCUAUACAGUGUGGUAGGAAAGUAGAUGUCUUGAAGCUUUGGACCCUGUGGAAGGCUAUAGGAGACCUUGGGAUGGAGAAUAGAAUCAACAAAGCUUUUGAAAAAGCAAGGUAUAUGGUAGAUCUGUUAAAGAAAAGUCCAGGGUUUAGACCAGUUUUACCAGAAUUUCAGUGUGUCAGUGUCUCCUUCUGGUACAUCCCAGAAAGAUAUAGAGGGCAAGAGGAGACACCAGAGUGGUGGCUGGCUAUCCAUAAGGUAGCUCCGGAGAUAAAAAGAAGAAUGGUUGAAGCUGGCACCUUAAUGAUAAGCUACCAGCCAAUGUCUUCCAAAGGAUUUGUAAAUUUCUUCCGCAUUGUUCUGCACAACCCAGCAUGCACCCAAGGAGACAUGAAAUAUAUUAUUGAAGAAAUAGACCGACUAGGCAAAGAUUUAUAAAAAUUAUCACCAAAAAUUUGUGGGAGUUGCUUUAUUGAAACUUAAUGCUAUUGAAUUUUAUAUUUAAAAAAUUGACUUUGUUAAUAACCAAGGAAAUAUUUAUGACUUUAACCAUUUUUUAAAGUAAAUUAGGCUACAUAGUUCUGUAAUAAAAUAGUGGACUAAAUAG